GCUCGGCUUGAGGCGGGCGCGGGCUGGGAGCCCGUGGAGCCCGGGGGCCAGGCGCGGCCGGGAUAUCUGGCGCUGCGGCCGGGGACCCGCUGCUGAGAUAGGCAGAAUAAAUAUGGCAGAGCUUUCUGAGCCAGAGGGACCAGUAGAUUGGAAAGAACGAUGCGUAGCUCUGGAGUCCCAGCUCAUGAAAUUUAGAGUUCAAGCCAGCAAGAUACGAGAGCUCUUGGCAGAGAAGAUGCAGCAGCUUGAGAGACAAGUUAUUGAUGCUGAACGUCAAGCAGAAAAAGCUUUUCAACAGGCACAAGUUAUGGAAGAGAAAUUAAAAGCAGCUAAUAUUCAAACCAGUGAAUCAGAGACAAGGUUAUAUAAAAAGUGUCAAGAUCUGGAGUCACUAAUACAGGAAAAGGAUGACAUCAUUCAAAACUUGGAAUUGCAACUUGAAGAGCAGAAACAAAUAAGAAUACAAGAAGCUAAAAUAAUAGAAGAGAAAGCAGCUAAGAUCAAAGAAUGGGUAACAGUUAAGUUAAACGAGCUAGAACUGGAGAAUCAGAAUCUUCGUUUGAUCAACCAAAACCAAACUGAAGAGAUAAGAACAAUGCAGUCAAAACUACAAGAAGUUCAAGGAAAGAAGUCAUCCACUGUCUCCGCACUAAAGCUUCCAGAAGGCCAGCGCCUGAGCAGUUUGACCUUUGGGUGCUUUUUAUCUCGAGCAAGGAGUCCUCCUCAAGUAGUAAAAUCCGAGGAAAUAAGCAAGAUAUCAUUGAAAGAACCUGAGUUCACUGAAGGAAAAGACAUAGAAGAAUUGGAAAUUCCAGAAAAGUCCAUUGAUAACCAAGUUCUAGAAAACAACAGAGGCCAGAGAACAUUGCAUCAAACCCCUUGUGGCUCAGAACAGAAUCGGAAAACAAGAACAAGCUUUGCCACAGAUGGUGGCGUCUCCCAGAAUUCUGGGGCUCCAGUGAGUGACUGGAGUUCUGAUGAGGAAGAAGGGAGCAAAGGAAGAUCCAAGUCCAGAUGCACAUCCACCCUCUCCAGUCACACAUCUGAGGAAGGGGUCCAGUGUAGCAGGAUGGGGAGUGAAACGUAUCUGACAGCAUCUGAUGACAGCAGCUCUAUAUUUGAGGAAGAGACUUUUGGCAUAAAGAGACCAGAACAUAAGAAGCUAUAUUCUUGGCAGCAGGAGGCACAGUGGAAAGCUCAGAAUAGCCUUCUCGGAAAGGGAAAUUCUGAAUCAAGUAAAAAGGAGCAAGACAGUUCCUCGGAUGAAUUGAACAAAAAAUUUCAGUCUCAGAGACUCUAUUCAUCUUCAUCGAGUGAGGCCAACACCCCAAGCCCUAUUUUGACCCCAGCUUUAAUGCCAAAGCAUCCUAACUCAUUCUCUGGAAAAGGAACACAAUUAGUGCCUUCAUCACACCUGCCACCCCCAAAGUUAAGGAUUCCUAAUGUUUUCAGUAUAAGCGUAGCACUAGCCAAAAGACACUUAAGCCAGCCACAGUUAAGCUCCGACAGGAUGUUUGGUACAAAUAGAAAUGCUAUAAGCAUGAUACGACCACUGAGACCUCAGGAAACUGAUCUUGAUCUAGUUGAUGGUGACAGUACAGAAAUCUUAGAGAAUAUGGACACAAGUUGUGAUGAUGGAUUAUUUUCCUUUGACUCCUUGGACUCUCCAAAUUCAGAUGAUCAGGAAAACUGUGACUCAGCAAAGAAGGCAGGGUGCAGCAAACCUCCAACUCCUCCCCUGCACCGUUUUCCUUCUUGGGAAAGCAGAAUUUAUGCUGUAGCCAAAUCAGGUAUUCGAAUGUCUGAGGCCUUCAAUAUGGAGAAUGUUAAUAAAAAUUCUGUUGUAACCCUUUCCUAUACCACAUCAGGACUUUAUACAUCUCUGAUAUACAAGAACAUGACCACCCCAGUGUAUACAACUUUGAAGGGGAAGGCGACCCAAAUAAGUAACAGCCCUUUCCUGGAUGACUCAUCUGGGUCAGAGGAAGAAGACAGCUCCAGAUCCAGCUCCCGGACGUCAGAGUCAGACUCACACAGUAGGAGUGGGCCAGGCAGCCCCAGAGCCAUGAAACGAGGUGUGUCUCUCUCCUCUGUGGCUUCGGAAAGUGAUUAUGCUAUUCCUCCUGACGCUUACUCCACAGACACAGAGUACUCACAGCCAGAGCAGAAACUCCCAAAAACUUGCUCAUCUUCCAGUGAUAAUGGAAAAAAUGAACCACUGGAAAAAUCUGGUUAUUUAUUAAAAAUGAGUGGUAAAGUCAAGUCAUGGAAGCGGCGGUGGUUUGUUCUUAAAGGUGGUGAAUUACUUUACUACAAAUCUCCGAGCGAUGUAAUUAGAAAACCCCAGGGCCAUAUUGAGCUUAGUGCAUCCUGUAGUAUUUUAAGAGGAGAUAACAAACAAACAGUUCAGUUGACCACUGAAAAACACACAUACUAUCUGACUGCAGAUUCUCCUAAUAUAUUAGAAGAAUGGAUUAAAGUGUUACAAAAUGUUCUUCGAGUACAAGCUGCCAACCCACUUUCCCUGCAGCCUGAGGGCAAACCCACUGUGAAGGGAUUGCUCACUAAGGUAAAACAUGGAUACUCCAAGAGAGUCUGGUGUACACUAAUAGGAAAGACGUUAUAUUAUUUUCGGAGUCAAGAAGAUAAGUUUCCUUUAGGUCAGAUCAAACUCUGGGAGGCUAAAGUGGAAGAGGUUGACAGAUCUUGUGAUUCAGAUGAAGAUUAUGAAGCCAGUGGACGUAGUCUGUUAUCCACACAUUAUACCAUCGUUAUCCAUCCCAAAGACCAAGGUCCGACUUACCUCCUAAUUGGAUCCAAGCAUGAAAAGGACACUUGGCUUUAUCAUCUGACUGUUGCAGCUGGAAGCAGCAAUAUAAAUGUUGGCUCUGAAUUUGAACAACUGGUUUGCAAAUUGCUAAAUAUAGACGGGGAGCCUUCCUCUCAGAUAUGGAGACACCCCACUUUGUGUCACAGCAAAGAAGGAAUCAUUUCCCCUCUGACAACUCUACCUUCUGAAGCCCUACAGACAGAAGCUAUUAAAUUAUUUAAGACCUGCCAGCUUUUUAUAAAUGCUGCAGUUGACUCCCCUGCAAUUGAUUACCACAUAUCUCUAGCCCAGAGUGCUUUGCAAAUCUGUCUGACACAUCCUGAGCUGCAGAAUGAAAUUUGCUGUCAGCUUAUUAAACAGACAAGACGAAGACAGCCACAGAAUCAACCAGGACCAUUGCAGGGCUGGCAGCUCUUGGCACUCUGCGUUGGACUCUUCCUUCCCCAUCAUCCUUUCCUGUGGCUCCUCAGGCUUCACCUAAAGAGGAAUGCAGAUUCCAGGACAGAAUUUGGAAAAUAUGCCAUUUACUGCCAGAGAUGUGUAGAAAGAACGCAACAAAAUGGUGACAGAGAAGCAAGACCCUCAAGGAUGGAAAUUCUUUCAACUCUUCUCCGAAACCCUUAUCACCAUUCUUUGCCCUUUAGUAUACCUGUGCACUUCAUGAAUGGGAUAUACCAGGUAGUCGGUUUUGAUGCAUCCACCACAGUGGAAGAAUUUUUGAAUACUUUGAACCAGGACACAGGAAUGAGGAAACCAGCACAGUCUGGAUUUGCAUUGUUCACAGACGAUCCUUCUGGCAGAGAUUUAGAGCAUUGUCUUCAAGGAAACAUCAAGAUUUGUGACAUUAUUUCCAAAUGGGAACAGGCUUCCAAAGAACAGCAGCCUGGAAAAUGUGAAGGUACAAGGACUGUUCGUCUAACAUACAAAAACAGACUAUAUUUCUCAAUACAAGCUCGUGAAGAGACUGAUAGAGAAAAGUUGCUGUUAAUGUAUCAGACAAAUGAUCAAAUAAUAAAUGGACUUUUUCCUCUGAACAAGGAUCUGGCAUUAGAAAUGGCAGCUCUUUUAGCUCAGGUGGAGAUUGGAGAUUUUGAAAGACCUUUCUCAACUCCAGCAGGGCGCGUUACCAAUCAGUGCAAAGCAAAUCAAACUCUAAAACAAGUCAUAGAGAAAUUUUAUCCUAAGAGGUAUAGAGAUGGCUGUUCUGAAGAGCAGUUAAGGCAGCUUUGCCAGCGACUGUCAACCAGAUGGAUGGCCCUUCGGGGACACAGUGCUGCAGACUGUGUGCGCAUUUAUUUGACAGUAGCCAGGAAAUGGCCAUUCUUUGGCGCCAAGUUGUUUCCUGCAAAACCCAUAAGUCCAUCAUCACUUGGAAGUACUUUCAUGUGGCUGGCUAUACAUGAGGAUGGUUUAAGCCUCUUAGAAUACAAUUCCAUGAGGUUAAUAGUCAGCUAUGUGUACAAGAGUCUAAUGACCUUUGGAGGCUAUCAAGAUGAUUUUAUGGUAGUCAUUAACAAUACACAUUCAAAGGACAAACCGACAGAGAAAUUACUUUUUGCCAUGGCAAAACCCAAGAUUCUUGAAAUCACUCUUUUGAUCGCCAGUUACAUAAACAACUUCCAUCAGCAAAAGGCAGCAUUUCACCACCUCUCUGCUCCAGCACUGCUCUCAGCCCAGACCCGAAGACCCCAAGCCAGAAUGAUGGGAAGCCAGCCUCUUCUGUCAAGCAGCAGACCGACCAAAGGUCCCACCUUGCUCUGAAAGCUGGGGAGUCUGAACAGUCACUCUUUGUCCUCUGUGCCGUGGCUAUAUCAGCUCCCUACAAGUUUGUUUACACCUGGCAGCAUGGCAGCCAUACACCUGUAUUCCAAACUUUAACAAUGAUGGGGGUUAGUCUCUUUUAUUUGAUUUUUAAAUAUUCAAAUAAAUAUUUGACAGUAAAACAUAAACACAAAAUUUGCCAACACACUAAUUUUCUUAUAGAGUUAAUGAAUAAGAAUUCAUCAUUUUUUCCAUCUCCCUUCUCCCUUGUCAUCAGACAUAUUGUGCAAUGUGGCUUUUUUUCUUUUCUUUUUUCCCCUUUUUUUAAAAGAUAUUCUGGAAAUCUUUAGAAAGGGAGAUUCCAAACUCUCAUUUGGUAAACCAGUUGAUUAUUUGGAAAUGUUCACUGCCAAAAUAGUAAGUACUAUAAUUAAAUGUGCUUUU